AUGAAAUAAAAAGAGGGAUUUAAUAAAAUGUAAGCCAAACGCAUGUAAGGAAUUUGUUUGUCAAACUAUAGUGAAUGUAGAUAAACAAUCUCUAAAUGUAAAUCAAACGGAGGAGAAUAAGUUAAAGAGGAAUUUGUAGUUACGCAAACAAGUCAGGAUGUGUCAUCAAAGUCUAAUGAAGCAUGUGAUUGGGUAGAAUAAUAGGGAAAUUCAAAAAAGUUUAUUUAACUUUGA